CCGAGACUCUGCUUCACACCUGAGUCAGGCUCAGUCAUUUCCAACCUAUUGUAGACCAGAUUAAAAAUGGGGUGCUUCACAUUUGUGAAAGUUAUGAUGUUUUUGUUCAACUUCCUUAUCUUUGUGGGAGGCGCUGCCCUGCUGGCUGUGGGGAUCUGGGUAAGCGUGGAUGGGGGCUCCUUCCUCAAAGUGCUGGGGCCCUUCAGCAGCCAGGCCAUGCAGUUUGUCAACGUGGGCUUCUUCUGCAUUGCCGUCGGUGCCGUGCUGGUGCUGCUGGGGUUCCUGGGCUGCUGUGGAGCCCAGAAGGAAAGCAAGUGCCUCCUCCUCAUGUUCUUCGCCAUAAUCCUGAUUAUUUUCAUCGCAGAAGUUGCAGCCGGAGUUGUUGCCCUGGCCUACUCUUCAUUUGCGGAGAGCAUCCUCAAAGCGUGGGCGACACCUGCUCUGCAGACCCAAUACGGCAAAGACGAUGUGGUCACAAAGAUCUGGAACAGCACCAUGACCGAGUUGAAAUGCUGCGGUUUCACCAACUACACAGACUUUACAAACUCCUAUUACUACAACGGUCAUGGCAACAGCUACCCACUAACCUGCUGCAGAGCCCUCAAUGCCACCUGCACUCAAAGUGCUGCAGAGCAAAGUGAUGUUCAGGGGUGUUUUAAACAAUUGCUGUCAACCCUUAAGAAGAAUGCAAAUAUUGUUGGGGGAAUAGCUGCUGGAAUAUGCCUUCUAGAGGUGGCUGCCAUGUUUGUGUCCAUGUACCUCUACUGUCAUUUGGACAAAAACAUUAGAUGAGUAUUGUUUUAAUGUCAAGCGGUUUGCUGUACAUGGAAGUGUAGAUAUUUUAUUUUCUGGAGAUGUUUCUGAUCAUAAAUGUAAGGAUACCUACAGUCCCUUUUUUCACUUUUCUAUGGAAAAGUAUUGCUUUUGAAUACCUGCACAAGCCACAGCAUUGCUCACCGAGGACAUGCCGUACUGUAUCCGUAGCCGGUAGAAAAUCCUUUGAUCACAGCUUGAUUUUUAUGUGCCGUUUCUCUGAAAGCUGCCAAAAUAAACAACAAGUGUGUGAAAGUUAAUGCCACACACUGUUGAGCUAGUUUUCAGUGGAACUAACACAAUGUUCCUAUUCCCUCUGCCAAAUGGCCUCCACUAGAUGAAUCACUUCUGCUUUUCUCUCCUUUCGAAUAUUUUGUUCGUUUGUUUUGAUGCUUUUGAGCUGGAGUUGUGUGGAAAGUUUUAAUAAGACUUUUCAACAGACAGACACAAAAGAUUUGGAGACUGGCUGAAUUUUAACACCCACCACUGUAACAACGUUCAUAUAAUUGACAUUACAAGUACUUAUGUCUACCUUCGCUGUAGGUAGGCCUCCACAAACUGAUCUGGAAGAACUUACUAAUCUUAUUAUACAGCCACAUCAGAACCAUAACGUUCAACAGCCAUUUCAUUUUAAAUUCUUUUUUAUUCUGUUGUAUUA